ACAUGGCCAAACACGUGAGAAUCUGUUCUUCCAGGCAUAGUGAGUGAAGCUUCAAUCCUUUACUCUCAGGCUGUAAGUAACAGGAAAGUUUGAAACGUUACCGUCUCAGCUAGAGUUUAGGGCUCGGCAGUUAAUACCCAGGGUGCCUUUAAUAUCUCUAAGAUGGUACGUGAACAGUACACCACAACCACAGAAGGCACCCACAUAGAGAGACCAGAGAACCAGUCUAUCUACAAAAUUGGCAUUUAUGGCUGGAGAAAGCGUUGCCUCUACUUAUUUGUUCUUCUUUUACUCAUCAUUCUCGUAGUGAAUUUUGCUCUCACAAUUUGGAUUCUUAAAGUGAUGUGGUUUUCUCCAACAGGAAUGGGUCACUUGGGUGUUACAAAAGAUGGACUUCGCCUGGAAGGGGAAUCAGAAUUUUUAUUCCCAUUGUAUGCCAAAGAAAUACACUCCAGAGUGGACUCAUCUCUCCUUCUGCAGUCAACUCAGAAUGUGACUGUCAGUGCACGCAACUCAGAAGGGGAGGUCACAGGCAGGUUAAAAGUGGGUCCCAAAAUGGUAGAAGUCCAGAGUCAACAGUUUCAGAUAAACUCCAAAGAUGGCAAGCCACUGUUUACUGUUGAUGAAAAGGAAGUCAUGGUUGGUACAGAUAAACUUCGAGUGACUGGGCCUGGAGGGGCUCUUUUUGAACAUUCAGUGGAGACGCCCCUUGUCACAGCUGACCCAUUUCAGGACCUUAGGUUAGAAUCCCCCACACGGAGUCUCAGCAUCGAUGCCCCAAGGGGUGUUCAUAUUAAAGCUCAUGCUGGGAAAAUUGAGGCCUUCUCUCAGAUGGAUAUCAUUUUUCAUAGUAGUGAUGGAAUGCUUGAGCUUGAUGCUGAAACUGUGUGUUUACCCAAGUUGGUUCAGGGGACUUGGGGUCCCUCCAGCAGCUCACAGAGACUCUAUGAAAUCUGUGUGUGUCCAGAUGGGAAGCUUUACCUGUCUGUGGCUGGUCUGGGCACCACGUGCCAGGAACACAGUCACAUCUGUCUCUGAAACGCCUGCCUCUGCCCUAGAGCACCUGCCUGGCUUCAGUGAGCUGAGAAGUGCUAGCCUCAAGCCUUCAUCCUUAGGAAGACCUGACCAAGACUGCCAGGGUGACUGGUAAGGAGCAGGAAGACACACUUUCCAAAGGAACUCCAAAAGGAAAACAUAUCAAUGAAAAAGUGUUUGGACAAAAUUAUGUGAUCACAAAAUGGCAUGUGGAUACUACAUGCAAAAGUUGAGGAAACAUCAAAACUAUGUUUAUUCCACUGGGUUGAUUAAUUUUCAUUAGAACAAGUGCAACUUUCUUUUUCCUUGCCUAUCCUUCAUCUCUUAUACAUGUCAACGUACAAUGAAUUGCUAUGUGGAAUUAAUUUAUGACAUUGAACUGUGGAUAUCUCAAGCCCCACAAAGUAGCACUGUUCAAUAUUAACAUGACACCCCAAAAUUACUCCCUUCAGUUUAAUGCAGUGUGUCAGGUUUCAAAGACGAUCUUCAGGUUCCCAAGGGGCUUUGAGAUUGAUCUCAUUUUCCAUAGAUAGUCAAAAUAGAAAUAAAUCACACAAAAUCAGUCAUGCUUUCUAGGUGUAUAGUCAAUGAGCAAUAAAAAUCAGCCUAUGUUUU